AUGGAUGGAUUUUUAAAAUCUGAUGAGAGACAGAGACUAGCCAGAGAAAGAAGAGAAGAAAGAGAAAAAUGUCUCGCUGCCCGGGAGAAGCAGAUUUUGGAGAAACAGAAAAGAGCCAAGCUCCAGUAUGAAAAGCAAAUUGAGGAACGAUGGCGAAAACUGGAGGAACAACGCCUUCGGGAGGACCAGAAGAGAGCCGCUGUGGAAGAGAAGAGGAAGCAGAAGCUCCGAGAGGAGGAGGAGCGGCUGGAGGCAAUGAUGCGCAGGUCCAUUGAGCGCACACAGCAGCUGGAGUUGAAGAAGAAGUCCUGGGGAGGAGCACUGGCUGCAGGGACUGGAGGCCGAGAAGGUGAAUCAGAAAAUACCCUACCCCCUCCUGUAGGUUUAGCAGCCAGCACCCUCCCUCCGGACCCAGGGACCACUGCCGCUGCUGUGGAGGCCACAGAUGCACAUGAUAAACUUUCAACAUCAACCAUGAACUUGCCAAAGCAGGCAGAACCUCCCAUGAACAAGCGCCUGUCUUCAUCCACUGUGGCUAUAACAUAUUCUCCAGAACGAGCUCCUGUUGGUCCUCCCAAAUCUUCCUACAAGGCUUCUCCCACUAGAAAUAUUGAGAUAAAGAAGACCACGUCUACAACUGGCACAGGAGAAUUGGGGAAAGGAGUCCUUGCAGGGACGGAACUCCCUCUGAUGGAGAAAUCAAAGAGGGAGCCUCGAACACUAACUUCCAUGAAUACUGCAGUCCUAGGAUCUCCUCGGAGAAAAUCUGACUUUACAGCAAGCCUUCCUAAGAGGUCAUCUUCUCCUGGAACAUCCAAAUCAACUUCCAAAACAUAUCCACAGUCCCCUAAGAACAUGAAGCCACCAUUCCUAGGAUCACCAGUAAGAUAUCGUCUUCCUGCAAUUUCCAACCAAGAGAUUUCCAAGAAGAAGGCAGAGAAAGAAAAGACCAACAAAGAAAGGGAAGGUGCCAUUAGCCAGGCACUUGGUGCUCAACGAGAGGAGGUUCCAGAGAAGCACAUUGUAGACAAACACGUCACUGAGAAGCGUGCUGCUUCUGGAUUGAAGGCUGAGAACACCGAAGGGAAACCUACAGCAGGCACCAUUGAUGCUGGAGAGGCCUCCAAGAUCCUGGCUGAGAAGAGACGCCAGGCCCGGCUGCAGAAGGAACAGGAAGAACAAGAACGAUUGGAAAAGGAAGAGCAGGAUAGGCUGGAGAAAGAAGAAUUGAAAAGAAAGGCUGAGGAAGAAAGGCUUCGUCUAGAAGCAGCAGCCCGUAAACAGGAGGAGGAAGAGAAAAGAAGGGCAGAAGAGGCGGCGCAGCGCAAGGCUCAGGAGGAGCUGUUGAAAGAAAAGCAAGAAAAGGAAAAAAGAGAAAGAGAAAAGCAAGAAAAAGCCAUGAUUGAGAAGCAGAAAGAAGCAGCAGAAGCAAAGGCUCAAGAAGCAGCUAAGCAGAUGCGUCUAGAAAGAGAACAGAUCAUGCUGCAGAUUGAGCAGGAGCGACUAGAGAGGAAGAAGAGAAUAGAUGAAAUCAUGAAGCGAACAAGAAAGAGUGAUGUUUCUCAAGAAGUGAAGAAAGAAGACCCUAAAGUGGGGAUUUCACCUAUUGUGUGUAUGGAGAAUAAGGCAAAACCAAUUGUUCCCAACAAAAUCGAAAUCAGUGGAUUGAACACCUGCCAGGAAGUGAAUGAUGUAGGGCGCACUGCCCCAGAAACUUUCCCCCGAGACGGUUUUGAUAAUGGGCUUAAACCAGUUCCAGGACUGGAUGCCCUUGAUGGGAAAUCAAACAGUCUGGAUGAUUCUACUGAAGAAGUUCAAUCUAUGGACGUGAGUCCUGUUUCAAAAGAAGAGCUUAUCUCCAUCCCAGAAUUUUCACCAGUGAGUGAAAUGAUUCCUGGGGGGUCUCUGGACCAAAAUGGAACUGGUAAUGCCCGAGCACUUCAAGAUCUCUUAGAUUUCACUGGUCCCCCUGCAUUCUCUAAGAGAUCCAGUGAGAAUCUCAGCCUGGAUGACUGCAACAAAAACCUGAUAGAAGGAUUUAACAGUCCUGGUCAAGAAAGCACUCUGAAUACCUUCUGUUGA